AUGCCCAGGUUGAAACCCACGGGAAGCAGACCACAGCUACAACCAACCCUUUCACAGGAUACCACUACAAACAAUGGUGGUGCCUCAAUGGGAUACGGAAAAUCAGCUCCUCCUCCACCUCCUCCUCCACCCCCACCGCCACCCCCACCGGCUCCUGUUUCGUCUCAGACAAUUCCAUCUCCGCCACCAGUUCCCACGGAGAACACCGUAAGCGAGUUAUAA